CUGUAACCUGCAGUGUCUUUGGUUGCGACUAACUGUGGAGAAGUGACGGGAUGUUCUAGUCAGGGCAUUCGUGAGAGCUCAGUGCGGUGUAAUUGUGUGGAGACGAGUAAGGACACAGGCUCUUUUAAGUGGGCGCUUCCCACUGACACGAGGAGUCUGAGUUCCACGCACGGAGCCAGGGCGAGACCUGAAGGUGACCCGACCUGUCCGGUCACUUGUGCUCAGGGACAGGUGCAUGAGCAGCAGCAGGGGUGCAGAACAGCAGGGUGGACGUCAGGAGGUUUGUAACCUCUGAGGUGCUGGAAGAGCCUUCCAAAUGAGAGCACUGAGAAAAAACAAGGUUGGAACAGAACUGCGGUUUAUAGUUUAUGAAAGGAUUUUUGUGGCAUGGUUGCCUAGCACAGUCGGGUUUUUCUGGAAUACUGUGUUUGGCCAGAGCAAUGUACCGUGCCGCUGGCUUGGCUGCAGUUCACAAUAAUCGUCCCUUUAACAGAGAUACACCCAGACCCUGCAAGAAUCCCAUUUUGUGGGGAUUUAGGUCUGUCUUUCGGAAAGCAGUACUAUUGCAUAGAAAAUUAUAUGCAACUGAAGUAUAUUCAUGAAAAGGGAGAAAAUGCGAAGAGGAAAUACUCCAGGGCAGAUCUCUCAGAGCUUCAGGGCUGUGAUUUAGCAAUUCCCGCAGUUACUUAGGUAAUACUUGUGUAGAAGGUGUGGCUGAGUCUGUUUGUCUGCAGUUAGCUGGAAGCUUUCUGCCUCAGCACAGAAACAACUUUUCCAUUUCAUACAUGGAAAGAAGAACAGUAAAUGAAAAUAAAGGAUAUUAAUGGGGUAACUUCUCUUGUAGCAGAUUGUCAUGAACUUCAUUCUUAAAGAAAAUUUUGAUCAAAAAGAAAAUUAGAAAGCCCACCUGGCAUUUGAUGUGAUCACGUACAGGGAACAACAUGUCGUUCAGUCAAACGAGACCUCGAACACCACAGUUGGUGGAGCUACAUGUUUUUUAUGUCCCAGAAGAAGUGUGGAACUUCCAGCUGAAUACAGUUCCUGUAGCUCUUAGUAGCAAAUUCAUCUCAGCUGGAUUUAUAAGGGUGUCUCCUCACAUCACGUUAAGAGUGCUGCGGGAGAAGCUUGGAGAAUACCUGGGUGGAGCUGCCGUUGUGGAUAAAUUCAAAUUUUUGAAAUGCAUCGGGAAAAAACUAGCAGUGGUGAAAGCAAAGCAAGAAACAGAGCUGGAACUGAAGUCAUUUGCUCCUCCUUAUGCACUUUAUCCUGAAUUAUAUUUAUUACCUGGAGUGGAAUACUUUGAAGAUAUUUAUCCAUUAUCAUCAUCAACUCAACAAAGACAUCACUAUAAUGCAAAAGCUAAUAGGUUUGGUCAUGGAUCAAGAUUGCCCAGUCUAACCCAGCAAAAACCUGAAAAAAGCAAACAGUUUUUAGAAAGCAUACAAAGCAGUUCUCAGCUAGAAAAUCAGGAAGGGCACAGUCCUGUAGAAUGGGGCGAGAGAGAACCUGUUCCAGUUUUGCACACAAAACAUGAGCAAGAUCAUAACAACAGGAUUCAAGAAAAACAGAUAGAGUUUAGAGAAAAAGAUCAAAGUGGAUCUCUCUUCACAGCAAGUAAUUCAAAUCCCGCAGACUGGGAGUCUGGAAAGAGUGAUAUGGUGUUACAGAGCCCUCAGCAAAGCCAUCUCAGACAGGAUCCAAAAGAGCAUCCCGCUCCUAAGCAGAGUGACAAAGCUAAAGGAAACACUCUUACUCUUCAUGUAAACCACAGUGCUGAGCAAGGACAGAAUAUCCAAACACCCCAAAAUCACAUUAAAUAUCAAAACGAAAUAAUGAACAUGGAAAUUAAUGACCACCAAAAAGAUACCAAACUAAGAAGAGGCAGAACAGAGGAUGCUGGAAUUCUUGAUAUAAUGGAAGACCAAACCACAGAAUAUGUAUACAAACAACAAAGCUUGCAGCAAUACAGAACUAGCAAGUGUAUAGCUGAUCCUGGUGAAAAACUGGAUAAUCAGGCAGAUGAAAACAAGCAAAAUCAUCUUCUUUGUCCAAAAGAAUAUAUUUCACCUCCCAGCCCACCUUUUCUGUCACUUUCUGUGAAUCCAACUCAAGUUCCUUCAAUUCAGGCAGCAAAAAACAAGAUGUUAGAACAAUUGCAAGAAAUGAAGAAAGACAGAAGGCACAUGGAGAAAACUAGAGAAGAACUGAUCAAGAAGGCGAAAGGGCUACUGGAACAAAAUAAGCUGAGGAGAUACCACGUUCGUGAGGAAUGGAAAAAGAAGUACUUUGAGACUAAGAAAGCUACAGUUUCACUGGAGGAGGCUUUAAACAGACUGCGCCAAGAUGUAGAGCUUUACCACCAGAAAUUACUCUUGCGAUUGGAAGCCAGAGAUAGCCGAAAACGAACAAACAAUAUAACAAACUCCAAGAAUUAUAAUAUCAUCCAGAUUACUACAGUGCAACAUGAACUUGAUCAACUGAGGAGGAAGCUGGAUGAUACAAAAAUGAAACUCGUAAUAGAAAUUAAGAUGAGAAAGCAGGCAGCAUCUGAUUUACGAGCACUGAGAGCAGAACUGACACAGAAGAAGAUCCAUGCAGCUUUAACUCUCCAGUCCAGAGAAUCAGGAAUUUAAGAGCAUGACAUGACUUCAGCAUCAGUAAAAUCUACAGAAGAUCAGAUUUCUGUUGAAGAUCCCCCGAUUUUCCAAGGGAAUUUCUUUCCUUAUGGGAGAGCAGUCGGCUUCACUGUCAUAUCAAGCAAUCAGACACUCCUAUGAAGUCUCCUCAGGAGCCACAGCGGUAGUGCUGUUAUUCUACGGUGUUUUCCCAGCAACCAUUUCACAAGGGAAAAAGACCAACCAAUCAACCAAACCUGCAACUGAGUACUUAUAUCCAAUUAAAUAAAUUGUUUAAUUGAUGGAGUCACUUAAGCAGGGCACAGUUGCACUUUAAUCUGGUUGUGAAACAUGCCUGAGCAACAGAGAAGCAGUGUGGGCUGUAAGCUGUAGAACAAAUAAUGCAUAAACAGACAAUACCGUUUACCAACCUUAGUGAAGAUGAUAGCAUUUUAUUUAACAAAAGAUAUCCUGUAAAGACCAGUAAAUCUUUCCAUCGCUACAGAUACUUUAAAAAGAAGUUAUGCAUUUUCUCUAGGCAAAUGAUUUUCUAAAAAAUAUGAACUAGAAAGAAAAUACAACCUCAUAUUAUCUCGGAGGGAACACCACAUAAAACCAAACAACAGGCUACUGAACAAGUCUUAAAGUGUGUGUUCAUUAAAUAAGCUUCUGAGUUCAAGUUUUCAGGAAGUACAGAAAUUUGAAAUGGAAGAAAACAUCAUCCACGUCCUCUCCAUAGUGAUGUUCCCUCUUCCAGAUAAGGUCUAAGAUUUUGGGCUUUGGAAACUAAGGAAUUUAGGUGAUACAAAAACAUGGUGAAACUGGACUUUAUUGAAUAAUCCUUUCUAACAAGUCUGAUAAAAAUCUUAAUGGCAACUACUUCAUGUUACAUAAUUUCUUCAGUCUAUAAAACAUUUCAAUCUCUAGAAGGGUAACCAAGUACAAGCACAAGUUUCACCAGGUUGCAAGUAACCAACAAUCUGCACCAGCAGCCUUAGCAAAGGAUCAUUGUGAGACUGCCCCUGUAAAUCUCCACUUGGACUUGUUACCAGACACACUCUGGCUUCAAGCUUUAACCAGCUUCUAGUAGUUGUGAAAAACAAAAAUCAUGCGCAGUUUUUUAAAGAAAAUGCUGCUACAGCAACACUGGAACUUUUUGUAGAAUGAGAAUAUGGCUUUGCAUACAAAACAAUAAAAUGGAUUUGGCUAGUUCUCAAAGCUUUUGUAUUCAUGGCAUAUUUAUAUAAACUUAAAAUCUUUGAUAAUAUAAGCCAUAAUAAAAAAUUACUGAUUUUCAUCAUUCUAAAUCAAGGGUUCACAUAGUUCUUAUGGUAUCAGGGCUUGCCACAUUGCUUCAGUUUGUUGUUCUGCUACAGCUUCCCUGGAAUAGUCAAGACUAUUUCCAUUCCACAUGCCAAUGCCCCUUAAACCUCGAUUUUUCACAUACGCUGCUUUUAGAGAGAUGCUGCGAGGGUCAUCAUACCAUACUUGGUGGAAGUGACCAAGAGAAUCCUAGAAAAGCAUUUAAACACUAGUGUCAGUAUCUACCUAUCUACGUAAACAUGAUACAUUAAAGUUCAUUGAGUUUUGAUUACCUUUUCUGUUGAAUGCAGUGAAAAGUACAAUUAAAACUGAGAUAUACAAGCUAUGCAGAUUUACAAAAUUAUGUUUUCCUGAUUUACAAAUUAUUUUUUACACUGGACAAUUAAAAAUUUUAAGUCAAA